AUGUCGCGUGAUAUACCAGAAACACAAAAGGUUGUUUUGAUUGAUGGAGUUGGUGGUUACGAUGUCAUCAAGUAUGAGGAUUAUCCUGUACCAUUGAUAUCGGAUAAAGAGUUACUGAUUAAAAACAAGUACGCCGGCGUUAACUACAUUGAGAGUUACUUUCGGAAAGGUCUCUAUCCUUGCGAAAAACCUUAUGUGUUAGGUAGGGAAGCAACAGGUACUGUUGUAGCAAAAGGUAAAGAUGUAAACAAUUUUCAAAUUGGAGACCAAGUUGCAUAUAUAUCCAAUUCGACUUUCGCGCAGUAUACAAAGUUCCCUUCCGAGGGAACUAUUAUGAGAUUGCCAAAAUGCACUAGUGAUGAGAAGAUGAAGUUAUAUGCAGCGGGUCUAUUACAAGCUCUCACUGCUUUGUCAUUUACGAACGAAGCGUACCAUGUUAAGAAAGGUGACUAUAUCUUGAUAUAUGCCGCUGCAGGUGGUGUUGGACUGAUCCUAAAUCAACUGGUAAAGAUGAAAGGCGCACAUGCUAUUGCAGUUGCUUCAACAGAUGAGAAGUUGGAUACAGCAAAAAAAUACGGUGCAGAGUAUCUGAUUAAUUCAUCCAAAGAAGAUGUUCUUGCACGAGUUUUAGAGAUCACAAAUGGAGAAGGUGUUGAUUCUUGUUUCGAUUCAAUUGGUAAAGACACUUUUGAAACGACCUUGGCCGCAUUGAAAAGAAAAGGUGUGUUUGUUUCCUUCGGUAAUGCAUCCGGUCUUAUCCCACCGUUAUCUAUAACUAGGCUCUCACCCAAAAAUAUCACCCUUUUGAGGCCUCAACUUUACGCCUAUAUCACUGAUCAUGAAGAAUGGGUAUAUUACACUGACAAGUUUGUGGACUUGGUUGACUCAAAGAAAUUGAACAUCAAAAUCUACAAAACAUACGCUCUAAAAGACUAUAAAGUUGCCGCUGCUGAUAUAGAAAGCAGAAAAACUACUGGUAAGCUGGUUCUGGAAAUACCUCAAUAA